AUGGCUACCCCCGCCCCCAGAACGACCUUUACCAUCGGUACCCGUGCAUCCAAGCUCGCCUUACUUCAAACGGACUUGGUGCAGGCCGCCCUCAAGAGAUCACACCCUCAAUAUGAAUUUAAGAUCUUCUCCAAGGAGACCGCAGGCGAUCUCAACACCACCAUUGCCUUGAAGGAUUUCACUAGCAAGAACCUCUGGACCGAGGAAUUGGAGGAAUUGAUGAUCGAGGGUCAAGUUGAUCUCAUCGUUCAUUCUCUUAAAGAUGUUCCCACCCUUCUCCCCUCGACAUGUACCUUGGGCCCGACUAUGUCUCGUGAAGACAGCCGGGAUGUCCUCGUGGUGAAGCAAGGGCUGCCGUACAAGAGCCUGGCGGAGCUGCCCGCAGGCUCCGUGGUCGGAACGUCCUCCAUUCGCCGCACUGCGCAAUUGGCCCGUAAAUACCCUCACCUCAAGGUGCAGGAUAUCCGUGGCAACAUUGGAACUCGUUUGUCGAAGCUGGACGCGGAAGACAGUCCAUACACGUGCGCUAUUCUCGCUGCUGCUGGUCUGCUGCGUUUGGAUCUGGCGGAUCGUAUCACUCAGUACCUCGACUCGAAGAACAGCGGGAUGCUUUACGCAGUUGGACAGGGUGCUCUGGGAAUUGAGAUCCGCAAGGAUGAUACUCUUCUGCACGAGAUGUUGAAUAAGAUUGGCGACUGGAAAACCACCUAUGCCGUUUUGGCCGAGCGAAGUCUGCUCCGCACUCUGGAGGGCGGCUGCAGUGCCCCUCUGGGUGUUGAGACUGAGUGGGUCAAGGGUGCCGAGGCCAACAAGUUGCGUAUGCGAUCUGUUGUAGUAAGUGUCAACGGCCAAAAGUGCGCUCAGGCGGAGGUCGAUGGUGAUGUCGACUCCGUUGAAAGCGCCGAGGCUUUCGGUAUUACCGUGGCCAAGGCUCUGGUGGCUGAUGGCGGUGGUGAAAUUCUGGACGAGAUUCAGUGUAACAAGGUAGCCAAGGAGAGUCUCUCUUCUUGA